CAACAGACUGGACGUGCCGUGCACUUAAACUUAAGAUUUUCUCUCAAACGACUCUUCCUUUGAAUGUCCUAGUUUAAUGAAUUCAUUAUUCUAUCAAUGAUUAUUAUUCGAGUUUAUUUUUCUUGGAAUCGUGACUCGCUGCUAUCCACGAUUAUAGUGAUCAAAUCUUCAAUUGAAAUUGUAGUAAUCGAUACGAUUUAUGUACCGAAAAGAAAAUCGACAGUAUUUUUGUCAUGUUUUGAAAAUGUUUUUUAGCUAGUAACGUUAAUUUCAUUCGUUUUCUCAUCGGAGACGAUGAUUCGGUGCAACAAUUUGGAACAAAAUUUUAAACGAUAACGAAAUUCUCAUCGUAUUUUGAGGUGGUUAAAUUUUUGUAAGCAAACUAAAUCUACGAGUGAAAUCAAACGUCCUUUUAUUGAAGGGAUAAAAAUAGCUGGUCAGCAAACCUGUAUGUGAUUAAAUAAAAAAUCGACGAAAUGACGAAUUCAUAUGUGCAUUUGCUCAUCGGAUUAUUAACUUGUGUUUCGGGUGAGAGUAAGAAUAUCUUCAGGAUCGAUCCGAGCUUGGAGCAUGGGGAUUUCUCGAAUUUGGAAUAUGCUGUCGAGGAUGUGAACGUGCUGCCAAUAUUAUCUCGAGAUUUGACGUUACUAGAGCGUGCGAUUGAUUCAAUUGACGAUGGAAAAUGUCGGGAUCACAGUAGGCUGAUGUUCGAUGGAUUAAAAAACUUGACAACGUGGGCAGUGAAGUUUUACGAUUCUUCGGGGAAGUUUCCUGAGGGUGUUUUCGGGGGUUCCUUAUAUCAGUUAGGAAACUUCGACGAGUGUCUUGAAAUUGGGGAACAAAGUUCUUACCACGAAGACGAAGCACCUGUGGGUAUAAAAGGACAGUAUUGUUUGGGUGAAGUCGAAAUUUUCGUACCCGACAAUUAUUUGAAAAAGAAAGGAUCGGUUUGGACGAAUUUCCGUCGCGCUAAAGAGCGUCACGAGGAAACGAUUGAUAAACUUCAUCUUGGAAUUUGCGUACCAGCAUCGUGCUCGUAUUACGAAGUCGAACGCGUUAUAGAACGAGUCCUCGCUGUUGCAUUCAGUGGCUCAAAAAUUCGACUCGAUUUCAAAAUACCCGAGACACAAUGCUACAAAAAUCAACCACUCGUCACCGAUACACUUGACAUUGUUUACAUGAGCAUUAUAUCUGUGAUUGCUUCAACGAUCGUAGUUGGAACGAUAUUUCACAUGGCAUAUUUGAAAAACAAAAGCGCUUUACCGCGUGGCGUUGUGCCGGAAGUACUAAUAGCUUUUUCUCUAAUAUCGAACUUGAAAAAACUCUGCGGUCCAGCGAACGAGGAUGGCUUGAAUCUUGAUUGCAUAUCGGGAAUAAAAUUCAUCUCGAUGCUGCUCAUAGUCGCUGGCCAUACACUCGUAUUCGUCGUCAGUGGACCAGUACUUAAUAAAACAUUUUGGGAACAGGCAAUUGGAAAAGUGGAAAAUUCAGUUUUCCUCAAUAACCCACUCCUCGUUGACACAUUCUUGUUCCUGAGUGGUUUUCUCCUCUGUCGUUUGCUGUUGCGUGAACUCGACAAAAGAAAAUCGAUUAAUUUCUUAUUUUUGUACAUUUUUCGGUACAUCAGGUUAACACCUGCUUACAUGGUGAUGGUUGGAUUGUACCUUACGUGGUUGCCAAGAUUGAGUUCCGGGCCGCUCUGGUUUCAUAUGCAAGAAGAGAAGGAGCGGUGCAGAGCCUCUUGGUGGGCAAAUAUUCUUUACGUCAACAAUUACGUCAACACUGAUAACUUGUGCAUGUUCCAGUCCUGGUACUUGUCAGUGGACACUCAGCUCUUCAUUCUAGCCCCAGCAAUUAUUUAUCCACUCUGGAAAUGGCGUCGUCCUGGAGAGUUUAUUUUAACCGGAGCUACAGCACUCUCAAUGGGCGUGCCCUUCAUAGUGACCCUUUUAAAUAAUCUGGAUCCCACUUUGAUGAUCUACACAACUGAAAUACGGGAUAUAUCGACCAACGAGUAUUUCAAAAAUAGCUACAUAAAGACUCACAUGAGAGCGAGCGCCUAUUGUUUUGGUCUUAUUUACGGAUACGUACUUUAUCGCAUCCAGUCAUCGGAUUAUCGAUUAUCUCCGAACACUGUGAGAAUAGGUUGGAUAGCUGCAAGCUUGUCGCUACUUGCCUCGAUGUGUUCGAUCAGUCUGUUCUACGGUCCUAGAAAAAAUUUCACCCCACUCGAGGCCGCAAUUUAUUCAUCACUCCAUCGAGCCCUUUGGAGCGCAGGUACAGGUUGGGUGCUGCUGGCCUGCAUGACCGACAAUUCCGGGCCUGUUAAAAAUUUCUUAAGAUGGCGACCGUUUGUCCCGCUGAGUCGGCUGACUUAUUCGGCUUAUCUGAUGAACGGGUUGGUCGAAUUGCAUUCAAUGUCGACAGCGAGAACUCCUCAACACCUGGACAAAAUGGAUUUGUUCAGUAAAGUUCUGUCUCACGUCAUGCUGACUUUCAUCGGUGCCGUUUUCCUGUCGACGAUGUUUGAAUCGCCAAUCCUUGGUUUCGAGAAAAUAUUUCAUCGACCUCAUUCGAAAUCCGUUAAGAACCCCGAGAAAUGUGAGGACACACUAACGACCGAAGCCUAGAGAUUAAAGGGGAAACAAAUUUUUUUACGCAUUAGUCCCUACCGGUACAGUAAUAACUAUAAUAAUAAUGCCAAUAACAAUAACAAUAAGCGAACGCAUGACGAAGUACAAUCAUUGAAUAAUUUAUUAAUUUAUGUAACAAUAAAAUGACAAGUGAUAAAAUAAAUCUCGAAGUUCAGGUC